UGCACGAUAUUUAUUUGUUGCAGCCCUGUACUUCUACACUGUAUGGUUGCAGUCAGCAGUUUAAUUUCGUUUCGCUUCCAGCGUUAACAAAAUAUAACAUGGAUGAAACGGUAAAGGACAACAAGGAAGAGUGUGGUAUCAAGAAGGAACGAGAUGAGGUGAUUAUUUUUUGCCCAACGCUAUCAAAAACUGAGGAAAUCACGGAGGAGUGUGAUGUGAAGGGAGAACAAGGCGACGCGAUUACUUUCUCCCCAACGCUAACAAAAACUGAGGACAACACGGAGGAGUGUGAUGUGAAGGGAGAAGACGACGCGAUUACUUUGCGCCCAACGCUAACAAAAACUGAGGAAAUCACGGAGGAGUGUGAUGUGAAGGGAGAACGCGAUUAUUUUGCGCCCAACGCUAACAAAAACUGAGGACAACAUGGAGGAGUGUGAUAAGAAGGUAGGACAAGACGACGCUAUUAUUUGGCGCCCAACACUAAUAAAAACUGAGGACAACAUGGAGAAGUGUGAUAAGAAGGUAGGACAAGACGACGCUAUUAUUUGGCGCCCAACACUAAUAAAAACUGAGGAAAACACGGAGAAGUGUGAUGUGAAGGGAGAAGACGACGCGAUUACUUUGCGCCCAACGCUAACAAAAACCGAGGACAACACGGAGAAGUGUGAUAAGAAGGUAGGACAAGACGACGCUAUUAUUUGGCGCCCAACACUAAUAAAAACUGAGGAUAAAACUGAGGAGGGUGACGUGAAGGGAGUAGACGACACGAUUACUUCGCGGCCAACUCUAUCAACAACUAAAGACAACACGGAGGAGUUUAGUAAAAAUGGGGAACAAGUAGACGCGAUUAUUUUGCGACCAAAGCUAACAAGAAAGAAAAGAGAUGAAAAAUCUAAGGACAACACAGAUUGUGGUAAAAGAACGAGUUGAUGCAGUUGUUUUGCGACCAAAGCUAAGAAAGAAAAGAGAUCAAAUAGCUAAGGACAACACGAAGAAGUGUGGUAAAAAUGGGGGACAAGAUGAUGCGGUUAUUUUGCGACCAAAUCUAAGAAGAAAGAAAAGGGUUGAAAUUGCUAAGGACAACACGGAGGAGUGUAGUAAAAAGGGGGAUCAAGACGAGGCUAUUUAUUCGCGGCCAAUGCUAAAAAGAAAGAAAAGCAAUGAAGUAGUUAAGGACAACACGGAGGAGUGUGUAAACGGUAACACUGUGGAACAAGAUGAAAACGAUGAGGUGACAGAUUUUGAGGAGUCGUCUGACGACAGUGUCGCGUCCAGCGUGGAUCCCAUAGAAGAGCAGCUGUUCCUCGAUGGUCUGGAUCCCCUCUUGGAUCGGUUCUCGGAUGCCUCUGAUCAGGACUGGUUUCCAUUUUGCAAUCCACAAAAAAAAAAAAGGAGAUCCAUAAUGUAUUCUGUAAAAUGUGGCGGAAGGAAAGGUGGGAAAAGCAGCACGAAUCAAGCCCUACCUUUGUUCUCCUCAGAACAGAAGUGGAAAAGUGUAGAAGAGCCUGACGUUGAGCCGAAACAGCCAAUAUUCAAACCUAAAGACACACCUGGCCCGCAGUUAAACUCUACUGCAACAUGCAGUCCUCUGCACUAUUUUGAGUUGUUCUUUUCAAAAUCAGUGCUACAGACAGUUGUAGAACAUACAAAUGCAUAUGGAGCCAUGCAUUGUGAAGGAAAGAAGAGCCCAUGGGAGAACAUUUCAAUAAAAUAUCUUAAGUCAUUCAUUGCACUUAUGAUUUACAUGGGCAUGACGAAAUGCUUCAAACUGUCAGACUACUGGAAGAAAUCAUACAUAUACAGUAUGCCGUUUCCUGCAAGAAUCAUGUCUAGAAAUAAAUUUUUUAACAUCUGUUGGGGGCUCCAUCUUAAUGAUCCCAAAGUGGAUGCAGAGAAUGAAAAGAAGAGGGGAACACCUGAAUACGACCGCCUGUGUAAGAUCAAACCGCUGUACCAGGACAUGAGGGACGCCUGCAGAGCCUCUUUCCAUCCCUCUCAGAACAUCUCCAUUGAUGAACAAAUGGUGGCAUCGAACACCAAAAAUAUACUCCUAGAGUACAUGGAGGACAAACCUACAAGAUGGGGGUACAAACUUUUUGUUCUGGAAGAUUCCCUCUGUGGCUACACGUGGGACUUCUUCAUUUAUGAAGCGAAGGUCUAUUCAGAGAAGAGCAAAGGCAUUAGUUAUGACUCUGUCAUGAGUCUGGCAAAUGAAAAGUUGUUGGGUAGAGGUUACAAGCUGUUUGUUGACAACUUUUACACCAGUCCCAUGCUCUUCAGAGACCUGCUGCAAAAAAAGAUUGGGCUUGUGGCUCCGUUCGCGCAAACCGCAUUGGCCACUUAAAGACAGUGGCUCCUCGUGGCAAUAUUCGCUGGUUUAGGGAAGACAAUCUGCUAUUUGUUGAGUGGAAGGACAACAGGGACGUGCUGAUGUGCUCAACCUUUCAUAAAGCCUUUAAUGGGGACUCCAUUAAGAGGAACGUGAAAGGAACCGAUGGAGUUUGGGCCAUUCAGGAUUUCCCCGUACCAGGCGCAGUGUUGGACUACAAGAAGCACAUGGGAGGAGUGAAUCAGUCUGAAGCUUUUACAGGAUAUAGCACAGUUUUGAAAAAAAAAAAAAAAAAUAUGGUCCUUUUUUAACUAUUUUGUGGACAUCGCUGUAGUCAAUGCCUUCAUUUUGCACCAGCAGAUGGCCAAGAUGAAUAACCAGAAGCCUCUGACUCAGAAGGCUUUCCGGGAGACACUUGUUGAAGAGCUUGCGGGAACAUUACAUGCAUCUGCUCCUGUACAAGAAGAUCUUACAAAUUCCCACCUACCCAAAUUCAACAAAGAAGACAGCACCUUUGGAAAACAGAGAUGCAAAGUGUGUCGUCAUAAAACUCCAGUCAUGUGUACAACUUGCCAGGUGCAUUUAUGCUUUGUUCCAAAGCGUGACUGUUACAAUAAAUGGCAUGACAAAUUAACUGAAGAGUCUGAAAGAGAGUAAUGGCCAAGGUAUACAUUGCACACUAGAGUUUGCAUAAAAUUUAAUGCAUAGCCAUUCAAAGUAUGCAAUAAUUGAUCACAUGCGUGAAUGCAGGCGGAGGCUAUGUCUAUAGAAAGUUCAAUUUUUGUCCAGCAUCUAAACUUUUUCUUUAGAAAUUUGGCUGGUAAAAAUAUUUUUGUACUCCUGUCGUGGAAAUUCUGACUUAAUAAAGCAAUAACAUAUUGGUGAAGACUGAGAAUGAAAAACCAGAGUUUUGUCUUGGUAUUGCUUUGAUUCUCUGAAGAGAAUGAUCUGGUUUACACACAAAGAGAUAACACACAGACUCGCAGCCCACUUUUUAUAGUAUGUAAAAAGAUACAUUGAAGGACAGACUAGGACCUUUGAGCCAAUCAUAUUGCUUAAGAAUUUUUACUUAAAAAUAGUUAGAGAUGCUAUUGGUACCGAUACCUGUCAGAUUCAGAGAUAUGGGACCUGAUGAUGAAAAGGUGCUUAAUAUUUAGUCUUACAACUGUGUAGAUAUUAACAACACAUUGCCUGGUUGAAAUUAUGUAUGAGCUGUUUGUAAAGUGUUGCAUUAAAAAGAUUUCUUAUAAA